GAUUGUCCCAUGAUGGCAAAAACGUUCCACUUUUAGUAGGAAUACAAUGCAAUAUCGAGAAUGUUUACGCAUACAUUCCAAUAUUCAAGUUCCAUGAAUGGAUCACUGCGACUCUCGAAAGCUUUGGAGAAUCAGAGGCAACGACCUACAUUUUCGAUCCAAACAUUUGUAUUGAUUAUUACAAACAUUUGCGAGAGCAUACGAACAAUUAUAUCGAUGAUGAGGAUUUUUUGACUGAGGAUGAUUUUGAUCCGAAUAAAAAUAAAAUGCCUUUCAACUCUCAUACCGUAAAGUUGCUGUGGGCAGACGAGUUGGCGACAAACGUGUCCUCUUGCUACGGUGCGCACGUAGAGUCUGACGCAAUUGUUACAUUGGCACGAUGUACUUCAUAUUUGGGGAUUCCUCCUUCGAAGGUGUUGUUUUAUGAUUUAUCGGAACUGAACAUUCGCGAAAUCAUCGUUCAUCCCAACUACACGCGCACUGCCGAGCCCAAUUAUGACGAUGUUGCUGUUGUGAAACUAGAAUCUCCAGUUAAAUUCGUUCCAACAAUCUGUGGAUGGUAUGAUGAAAUUAAUUCAUCUUACCAACUUGGAGUAAAAGCAGUAGUAACUGAGAAGUUUCAAACUGAAUAUCAAAAGUCAUCAACAACAUUAGUAACAACCCUAGAAAAAAAUCAACAGUGUCUUGCAGCACUGCGUGAACGAUACCAACUGCCACAAGACUCGAUGGAUAAGUAUUUGUGUUUGCACUACGAACCAUCUUCGACACAAAGCUCUUACCAAAUACAAUUGGGCGCUCCAAUUCAUGGAAUUAAACGAGUACAUUACUAUGUAGUAGGACUGAAUCUUGUUGGGCAUGACACCGACGUAGACACUCCGAUGAUUGGAAUACGGUUUAGCAUUCACAAGGCAUGGUUCGAGUCAGUAUUACUGCCUGCAAAGAAUAAACAGAACACAAACAUGUCCUUUGAAGGAGUAACAUACGUUGAUUCUGAUCUUCGAUAUGCCGACAAAUGUGGAUAUUCCGAUGGAGUCAAAGGAACGUGUGCGGAUAUUUCAAACUGUCCCUCUAUCGAACAACGGCUAAAAGAUAGCAAGCUUAUCACUUUUUGUACCAACAGCACGGUAGUUUGUUGUCCACAACAAACGAUAAGCUCGAUAGAAAAAGAUCUGGAAGCAUGUCCGCAGUAUUACAGCCAUUUACGACAAGAACGACACGCUAAGGCGAUGGAUGACAGUUCGUUGGAUAAUCAAUCUCCUCACCUGGUUGAAAUAGGAUGGUCAUACCCACCACAUGAAUUUAUUGAAUGUACAGGAUACCUCAUCACAACUCAUGACGUCAUUACAAUGGCUUCUUGCCUUCAACGGAGAGAUUCGGGACCUAACGUGGUACGUUUCGGUGGUAUAUGGCCAAGAAACGCAAACGAUCCAACAGUAAUUCGCAUGAGUAAGAUAGAGUAUCAUCCAAUGUACAAUAAAACCACAAAAGAGCAUAACUUUGCCAUUGUGACGUUGGUGUCGGCAUAUGAACCAAACUGGAGCAUCUUCCCCGGAUGCAUUUGGUUGAACGAGACACACUUCCCUACGCAUCAAAAAGUUUGGGUUGAGCAUACGAAAGGUUUCUAUGACAUUUACCAGAUGUAUCAUGGUGACUGUGAAGCAUACUUAAAGCGUUCGGUGGCAGACUCGGAGGCCUGCAUGUUUCGUAAACGGUGGACUUGUGCUUCUUAUUACAACCCAAUACUGAAAGAGGCAUCGCCGAAAUGUGUAUUUCAAACCAAAGAUGUAUUGCUGGACGAAAUUGAUGAAAGUGAAUAUAAAUUGCAAGCACCAAUUAUAUCGCAUCAGUUGGACAAAACCGGUAAAACGAUUGAAUACUUGAUAAGUAAUUAUGAUUACGACUUAAAAAAAAAUAAGAUGGGACGAACCAAUUGAAAUUGAAAUUUCAACGACACAGUUUGUAACGCCUGAAAAGGAUUGGAUAGUGUCGGUACUUGAACGGGCUUAGUGACACAAUUAAUCCAACAAAUGUAAGAAAGGUUUCAGAUGUCAGUUACUUUUCAUACAUUAUUGAAAACCAUUUGAGUAAAGCCGAAAUGUGUAACAAUGCAAAACUUGCAAUUGAAGAAAGUUUUUAAGAUUGAGUUUUUCUUGGUAGGAGUAUAAAAUCUAUGUUUCACUCGGAGUUCUGACGUUAUAUGAUCACAUUGCUUGUGCACGGGAAUUAUUUGCAUAUGUUUUCCCCCUUAUGCAUCUAUACAAAAAAAAAAAGAAUUCUAAAAGCUGUUCGAAUUAUACAAGAAAACCCGAAACUGAUUUUCGCUGAAAAUGAGCAUACAAUUCCGAGUGCAUGAACUAUUCGUAACGAAUACUUUUGUAAUGAAAAUAAGUUUGUUAAACAAUUUUACACAGAAACAUCACGCGUUUAAACUUUAAAAAUAAA